UGUUCUGUCUCAGGGAUGGACAUCACCAUUGUGCUGGUGCCAGAGCACCUAAUGCAGAAUGUAAUCGUGCUCUCCAAAUUCUGUCAGAGGGCUCAGCAUACGUGGUGCUUGGGGUAUAAGAAUGUCUGUGAAAUGGGUGUAAUGCCGGAGAUUGCGCAGGCUGUGGAGGAGAUGGAUUGGCUGCUUCCGACUGACAUCCAGGCAGAAUCUAUACCAAUGAUCCUGGGUGGCGGGGACGUACUCAUGGCUGCAGAGACAGGAAGUGGGAAGACGGGGGCUUUUAGCAUUCCUGUCAUCCAAAUUGUGUAUGAAACCUUGAAGGACCAACAGGAAGGCAAGAAGGGAAAAGCCGCUGUCAAGACCGGUAGCACAGUCCUAAAUAAAUGGCAGAUGAAUCCGUAUGACAGGGGCUCAGCAUUUGCAAUUGGAUCAGAUGGACUUUGUUGCCAAAGCAGAGAGAUGAAGGAGUGGCACGGGUGCAGGUCAACUCGUGGCAUCACUAAAGGAAAAUACUACUACGAGGUGUCUUGCCACGAUCAGGGAUUGUGCAGAGUUGGUUGGUCUUCGCUACAAGCCUCAUUAGAUCUUGGAACGGACAAGUUUGGCUUUGGGUUUGGUGGAACUGGAAAAAAGUCUCAUAACAAGCAGUUUGAUAACUAUGGGGAGGAGUUUACAAUGCACGACACAAUCGGGUGUUAUCUGGACAUCGACAAUGGUCGGGUUUCAUUCUCUAAAAAUGGCAAGGACCUCGGACUUGCGUUUGAUAUCCCUCCACACAUGAAAAACCAGGCGCUGUUUGCAUCGUGUGUUCUGAAGAAUGCCGAGCUGAAGUUUAACUUUGGAGAGGAAGAAUUUAAGUUCCCCCCUAAGGACGGAUUUGUCGCUCUUUGCAAAGCAUCUGACGGGCAUGUGGUGAAAUCACAAAAUGCUGGAAGCGCCCAAGUGACACAAACCAAGAAUCUACCAAACGCACCGAAAGCUCUUAUUAUUGAGCCAUCCCGAGAGCUGGCGGAGCAGACUCUGAACAACGUGAAGCAGUUCAAGAAAUAUGUAGAUAACCCAAAACUGAGGGAGCUACUAAUCAUUGGAGGUGUAGCCGCAAAGGAUCAGCUGGCUGUACUGGAGAGCGGCGUAGAUAUAGUGGUGGGCACACCGGGCAGAGUUGAUGAUCUUAUUUCAACGGGGAAAUUAAAUCUGUCGCAAGUGCGCUUCUUGGUGCUUGAUGAAGCUGACGGCCUGCUUUCCCAGGGAUAUUCCGACUUCAUUAAUAGAAUUCAUCAGCAAAUCCCGCAGAUCACCUCAGAUGGCAAAAGGCUGCAGGUGAUCGUGUGUUCCGCCACACUACAUUCAUUUGAUGUGAAGAAGCUGUCGGAGAAGAUCAUGCACUUUCCCACAUGGGUGGAUCUGAAAGGAGAAGACUCUGUGCCAGAAAGUGUGCAUCACGUUGUUGUCCCUGUCAACCCAAAGAAAGAUAAGUCGUGGGAGCGAGUUGGCAAAAACCAUAUAAGGACUGAUGGCGUACACGAUAAAGAUAACACUAGGCCUGGAGGAAGUUCUGCAGAAACAUUGUCAGAAGCCAUUAAGAUCCUGAAGGGGGAUUACAUACUCCGUGCAAUCAAAGAGCACAAUAUGGAUCAAGCCAUUAUCUUCUGCCGCACUAAGGUGGACUGUGACAACUUGGAGCAAUACUUUAUACAGAACGGAGGAGGACCUGAUAGAAAAGGACAUCAGUUCUCGUGUGUGUGUCUUCAUAGUGACCGGAAACCCCAUGAAAGGAAGCAGAACCUGGAAAGAUUUAAGAAAGCUGAAGUUCGGUUCCUGGUCUGUACGGAUGUGGCUGCCAGAGGUAUUGAUAUCCAUGGAGUCCCUUAUGUUAUCAAUGUAACCCUUCCGGAUGAGAAGCAGAACUACGUCCAUCGCAUCGGUAGAGUUGGCAGAGCGGACAGGAUGGGUUUGGCUAUUUCUUUGGUGGCAAGUGAAAAAGAAAAGGUUUGGUAUCAUGUUUGUAGCAGUCGUGGUAAAGGCUGUUAUAACACCCGGCUGAAGGAAGAUGGGGGCUGCACAAUAUGGUACAAUGAGAUGCAGCUGCUGUCUGAAAUUGAGGAGCACCUGACUUGCACUAUAUCCCAAGUAGAACCUGAUAUUAAAGUGCCCCUGGACGAGUUUGAUGGAAAAGUGGUGUAUGGACAGAAGAGGGCUGGUGGCGGUGGGCUGUAUAAAGGACAUGUAGAUAUUUUAGCACCAACUGUACAGGAACUGGCUUCUCUAGAGAAGGAGGCUCAGACGUCCUUCCUACAUCUGGGGUAUCUCCCUAACCAGCUGUUCAGAACCUUCUAAUGUGUGAAAGCCGGCAGUACAGCCACUGGAGAGACCGCAGUGAGAGCCUGACUGAGUCUAGUAUUCCCAUGUGAUGGAACGACAAGCUGACACCGAGGACACAGCGUUGCAGCUAUAAAAUUAGAAUGAUGCAACUAUGGUUACUUUCAAUGUUCCCUUAUUUUAUUUUGUUCUUUACCAGACACUGAUCAGUGUAUAAACAUUAACGUACGUCAUCUAGUUUUUGUUUUCCUCAUGUUCAUGUUUGAUGUUUUGUGCAUGCUGUGGCUAUAAUAAAUGCAUAGAAAAGAAUACAAA